AGCUGUCAAAAUAUAGUAAUUGGGUCGUAAAUUUCUAAUGGUAUUUCUUUUGGCUGACAAUUUGUUUGUUAAAUUUAAAUGAUUGGCGAAAACUGUUCAGCGUCGCAGCAUUAAGCAUAAUAUUUUUAAUGUUGUUGCAGCUGGCCCCGGGCUUUGUUACAAACAAAAGCAAUUGGAAUAUAGAGACAAAGCAAAACAGCAAGAGUCAUGGCGAACCUAUCUGUGGGACAGAUGAUAAUGGAUGCGCAACGCAUGGCCAGCCGCGUAAAGGAUUUGGAUUCACUGGGCACAGCACUGCUGGAAGAUGCAGAGUCUAAUAAUCGGCUGGUGGAGAGUCUGCGGCAGUAUCAAGAGGACAUCGAGUCACUUAAUCGCAUUGCCAACAACAAAACAAAUGUGGAUCUGGUCAAUCGUAUACAACAACAAAAUGUCAAUAGCUCCGAAAUACUGAAAGAGAAUCGCGAGCUAAAAAUCUGUAUUGAGGAUUACGAACGCGCCAUGGAACUGAUGAUGCAAAAGUAUCGCGAACACACAGUCACCAAGGUGCUGGAUAGCAAGCUAAACUUUAAGGAACUCUACAAUGAACGCCUCUGGCAGGUGAUACGUGAUCAACGCGAUAAAAUCAACGAAAUGGCAGCGGUUAUGCAUCGAGCGGCCAGCGCCGAUGAUGAAAAUGUGCAGCGUGAACUUCAGACCAUAUCACAGCUGCGGAUGGAAAAUGAAACGUUGCGUGAACUGUUACAAAUCUCAAAGCAAUUUGGCUCCGCAGCGCGACCCAUACGCGAGUAUGAUCAUCUGCUUCUGGAGAAGGCAGUGCAAACGGAUAGUCAAGCCGAUGAUUCAGCGGAUGAUUUGUCCAUAUCGGGUGCCUCUGUCGAAAACAUGAACAACAAUUCGGUUAUACAGGUUUACAGCAACAAUACGCCGGAAGACAACACCAGCAACAUCAACACUGCCACAAAUAAUGCUGCGCCUGCGGUGGAGAAUAACAAUGGUCCAGCUGCCCAGAAUUCACCGAAGCUGGCUACAACGACGACGACGACGCCACUUGAUCUGAAGGUGGAAAAGGAAGAAGAGCAACCUGCUUCUGCCUUGGAGUCCACAUGAUAGGGUUGCGCUCCAACGCCAGUCACAUCAUCAGUUGUUUGUUUUAUUUGUAUUCGCCUAACAGUACUUUUGAUUUAACACAAACACACAUUGUCACACAUACAUACAUGAAUACAUAUAUGGUCACCUAAAACAUUAGUUCAUAUAGCGACUAAUAAGCUCUAAGUAAUUUAUAUAUAAAGGAAGUAAUGUCUAAACGUAGCGCAACAAUGUCAGUAAACUCACACAUACUCACACACACACACAUGCUCUUAUAAUUCAUGUUGUACUCUGUCGACUUUAUGAUUUCUUAAUAAAAUUCCAUUAUAAUGAA